UCUCGCGCGCUAAGAUCCGGGGGACCAGGCCCGGGAAGAAGACGCAGGCGCACUUGUGUGCCCCCGCCUUUCGCCGGUGUGGAGAGCUUGAGAAACCGGUACCCAGGUACCGGUACCCAGGCUUUCCCUAAAUGAAGGCAGGGAAGACUCCCCACCCCUUGACUCGGUGUCUAGCUCUUUCAAGAUGGUGGUGGCGAAGUCGGAGGACGGUGGGGCUGCUACGUCCUACUUUCGUACAGCCAGGCCCCUGCCCUCGCUGGUCACGGUCCUGGGCCUGGGGUAUUUCGGGUGGAUGAUCUUCUGGCCUGAGAGUAUUCCUUAUCAGAGCCUAGGGCCGCUGGGCCCCUUCACUCAGUAUUUGCUGGAAAAUCAUCACACAAUCGUGCACAUUUGGUAUUGGCUUGCCUGGCUGAUUCACGUGGGAGAGUCCUUGUACGCCAUUGUAUUGUGCAAAUCACAAGUGGGGCCUCCAUUUUUGCUCGCACCACAGUUACAAAUGAACUGAUGUAAUACAUUCACACCUGCACAGCGGUGACUGGGGAGACAGUACCCUUGAACAGAAAAUGCCGAUAAAACAGUGAGGCCAACAGAAGUUUUAAGAUAACCGGAGUGUAGAUAAUUUUUGACUCACCCUGGUGUGGGUGGGUGUGUGUGUGUGUGUGUGUGUGUGUACACACACAUAAAUAUAAACUCCUCUGUAGUUUUUUGCUAUUGUCAUUUAUGCCUAUUUUCCCAUGUUUAUAUCUAUAAAUUUACCUCAUUCAUUUCAUUAGUACACAGUAUUCUAUUAUAUAAAUGUGCCUUAAUGUAUUUAACAGACCCUCCUUCUGACAGACUUUUAAGCCUCUAGUUUUUUUUUAAACUUUUAUAAGUAAUACUGCGUGAACAUGAAUUUCUUGUACAUCCUGACCCAGUUUGAUACAUAGUUCAUUUUUUAAUUGUUCAGUGGUAGAAUGUAUGAAUACAGUUGAUUCUUAUCUACUAACCUCACAUCCAGUGACCUUGAUAAAUUCAUUUCUUAGCUCUAAUAGUUCAUUUGUUCAUCUAAUAAUUCAAUAAUUUAAAAGACUCCUUUUCAUUUUCUAGGUAUGCAAUUGUCUCUAGAAGUAAAGAUAGUUUUAUUUCUUUGUUUCAAUUCCGUAUACUUUUUAUUUAUGCUUUUUCCCUCAUUGCACUGGCUGGUACGUCCAGUCCAGUGUCGACUAGAAGUGGUGAUAGUAGGCAUCCUGGCCUUGUUCCUGAUCAGAGGGAAAGCUUUCAGCAUUCUGCCUCAUGUUUUUUCUAGAGUUGUGUAGAUCUUCUCUAUCAAAAUAAAGAAGUUCCAUUCUCUUUCUAAGUUUUCUGAGAACUUGUAUUAAGAACGGAUGUUGAAAUUUAUCAAAUGCUUUUUCCGCAUUUAUUAAGAUGAUCAUACAAUUUUUCUCCUUUAAUCUGUUAAUGUAGAAAAUUAUAUUGUUUUUGCUUUUAAAUUUUGUUUUAAAAGUCAUCAACAUGAGACUUAUUUAUAUACAGAUGAGACUGUAGCAAGGCAUUCACUUCAACUGGGCCAUUUUCUUUUGAGCUUGGUGUUAAGCAGUUUAGUUUGAAUGGCUGUAUAAACGGAAAUUUAUUAAUACUAUGUGUCAGGCCCUUUACUAACCACUUUGUGUAACUUAUCUCAAAAAUAAUCUUAAAAUUUGGUGAGAUAAAUACUAUUACUCCUAUUUUUCAGAUGAGGAAAUUGAUUCUGAGAGAGAGUGAGUGACUUGCCCAAGGUCAAGCUGGUAGUUGGUCAAGCUAGGAUUUAUAUCUGGUCUGUCUUCAAACACUUGCUUUGAAGCCAUCCCAGUGCUUUUUAACCCUAUAUGCUCAUCACAGUCAUGUGAGAAACAGUUCAUAAUACCAUGCCUUAGGCACUAGCCAGAUUGCUUCUCAGGGAAGAACAUACCAUCCUGAAUGCACAAGAAAAACAAAAAUAAAUGAACUAACCAUUCAAGUUAAGAAGCUGGAGGGAAGUGCAAAAUAAACCCAAUGAAAUUAGAAGGAAUAAAUUUUUUAAAAACUAGAAGACAGUAACUCCUAUGAAACCAUAACAUUAAAAUUCUGGUGGAUAACUAUGGAAAACAAUUUGGAGGUUCCUUAAAAAACUACAAAUAGAACUACCAUAUGAUCCAGUAAUCCCACUACUGGGCAUAUACCCAAAGAAAACCAUAAUCCCAAAAGAAACAUGUACCAUAAUGUUUACUGCAGCACUAUUUACAAUAGCCAGGACAUGGAAGCAACCAAAAUGCCCAUCAACAAAUGAAUGGAUAAAGAAGAUGUGGCAUAUAUAUGCAAUGGAAUAUUGCUCAGCUAUAAAAAGGGAUGAGAUGGAGCUAUAUGUAAUGAGGUGGAUGGACCUACAGUCUGUCAUACAUAGUGAAGUAAGUCAGAAAGAGAAGGACAAAUAUUGUGUGCUAACUCACAUAUACGGAAUCUAAAAAUGGUACUGAUGAACUCAGUGACAAGAACAAGGACGCAGAUGCAGAGAAUGGACUGGAGAACUCGAGAUUUGGGGGGGCAGGGGGUGAAGGGGAAGCUGAGACGAAGCAAGAGAGUAGCACAGACAUAUAUAUACUACCAACUGUAAAAUAGAUAGUCAGUGGGAAGUUGUUGUAUAACAAAGGGAGAUGGAAGAUGCCUUAGAG